GGAAGCUGGUACACAGCGUGUGUGAGCCAAAGGAAGUGGAACUGAAGGCUCAAAGCCGGAACUGUCGCCACGCUGUUUCUGGAGUGAGCUCUCGGGACUGCACACUGAGCAAUCUCGCGGUGCAGACCUGGGUGCCGAGGACGCGAAAACUAUCCCGAGUGCAGGAGGAGGGGCAAUGCCUGGAUCCUGCUCAUAGGCCUUUGGACAGAGACUAGAUGUUGCAGAAUUGGGGCUCAGUAAUGAUUCAGACCCCUCACCUGAAGCAGAAUAAAGAAGCCUGCAAGAUGGAGAGAGAGGGGACAGUAUCAAAGAAUGCAGAGCCACAAGGCAGCUAUUCACUGUUCCUGAAAGAGAAAAUCAAAGAAGAGAAACAGCAGGAAAUGGAUGAGUCCCCAGUAAACAUGUCCCAGGGUCUGUUGACGUUCAGAGAUGUGGCUGUGGACUUCCCCCAGGAAGAGUGGGAAUGCCUGAACUCUGCCCAGAGGGCUCUGUACAUUGAUGUAAUGUUGGAGAAUUAUAGCAACCUGGUCUCUGUAGAGAACUACUGCAUAUGUGACACUGUCCAUCAACAUGUGAAUACGGAAAAGAAGUCUUGUCAGUGUAAUGAGCAUGACAAAAUGCUUCAUGAACCCUCCAGGUGUACACUUUAUAAAAGAAGUGAAGCUACAGAAAACUCAACUAACUACAAAUGCAAUAAUCAUAGGGAAGCCUCUAUUGCCUCGUCAAACACAGAUAGACAUAAAAGUAGGCACACUGGAGAAGAGCCUUACAAAUCUAAAGACUGUGAGAGAGCUUUAGCUUUAUAUUCCAACAUUACUCAAAAUCAGACAGACUACACUGCAAAGGAAGAGCAUAGACAAGAAGAAUAUGACGGCCGUUUCACCUCUCCAUACAGUCUAAUCCAACAAACAAUCUACAUUGGAGAGAAACCAUACCAGUGUGAGAAAUGCAGGAAAUACUACAGUACUGCCUCAAGUCUCACUGUACAUAAGAGAAUUCAUACUGGAAAGAAACCCUACAAGUGCAACGUUUGUGACAAAUCCUUUACCCAAUGCACGAAUCUUAAAACACAUCAAAGACUUCAUACUGGAGAGAAACCUUACAAAUGCAAAGAGUGUGGAAAGUUAUUUCCUCAGUUGUCAGCACUUAAAAGUCAUCAGAAAUUGCACACUGGAGAGAAGCCUUACAAAUGUAAGGAAUGUGACAAAUCCUUUGCCCACUAUUCCAGUUUCAGGACACACCAAAAAAUCCACACCAAUGAGGAACUUUAUACUUGUCAAGAAUGUGGCAAGAUCUUACAUCAGCUUUCACACUUUAGAAACCAUUACAGACUCCAUAUUGGAGAGAAGCCCUACAAAUGCAAUGAGUGUGACAGAUUCUUUACUCACUAUUCAUCAUUCAAAAGGCACCAGAAAACUCAUUCUCUAGAGAAAUUUUAUGAAUGCAAAGAAUGUGGCAAAUCCUUUAUUGAAUUAUCACACCUUAAAAGACAUUACAGAAUCCAUACUGGCGAAAAGCCUUACAAAUGUGAGGUAUGUGACAAAGCCUUUACUGUGAACUCAACUCUUAAAGCACACCGGAAAAUUCAUACUGGAGAGAAACCUUACAAAUGUAAGGAAUGUGACAAAUCCUUCACCAAGUGCUCACAUCUUAGAAGACAUCAGAGUGUUCAUACUGGAGAGAAACCUUACAGGUGUAAGGAAUGUGACAAAUCUUUUACUGAGUGCUCAACACUCAGAGAACAUCAGAAAAUUCAUACUGGAGAGAAACCUUACAAAUGUAAAGAAUGUAAUAAAUCCUUUAUUCAGCGUUCAAAUCUUAGGAUACACCACAGAGUUCAUACUGGAGAGAGACCUUACAUAUGUAAGGAGUGUGGCAAAUCAUUUACAAAGUGCUCAACUCUACAAACACAUCUGAAAAUUCAUACUGGAGAGAAGCCUUACAAAUGCUUGGAGUGUAACAAAUCCUUUACCCAGGACUCACAUCUUAGAACACAUCAGAGAGUUCAUACUGGAGAAAGGCCUUACAUAUGUAAGGAAUGUGACAAAUCUUUUACUAGGUGCUCCUACCUUAGAGCACAUCAGAAAACUCAUACUGGAGAGAAACCUUACAAAUGCAAAGAUUGUGACACAUCCUUUAUUCAAAUUUCAAAUCUUAGAAGACAUCAGAAAGUUCAUGCUGGACAAAAACAUACCAUUGUAAAUAAUGUGAUAUAACCUUCCUCUGAUAGUCCCUGCUUACAAGUCACAACAGUAUUUGUAAUAGAAACAUAAAGAUAAGAAACUUGUGAAAACCUUAAUGAAGGUUUAAAUUUU